UGUCUCGAUUAUCCGUGACCGUCAGAAAUGUCAACAGAAGCCUCUUGUUUAUGUUUCGGAUGUCGCAUUUUCAUUUUACAAUAAUUUAUUAGAUUUUACAUAUAAAAUGCUGUUUUCUAGCAGCAUUUUCAAGUGGUCUGUGAUGCAGUUGCUCUGAAGGAUCGCUACGAAGUGGAAAAAUGAAAAAUAGUGUUAGAUGAAAUUGUGAUUAAGCAUAUUAUUGUCGACCUUGGGAUCCAGCAUCGUAAACGAUCCGAAACAUGGAAGAAUCCCACCACCGCAACAUAAUGGACCACCUGGAUAUGGGUACCGGUGGGCAUCAUCUGCAGGAUGAUUUAUCCAAGGGUGUGCUACGGACGAUUCAUAACGUGGAGAAUGGGACGCUGCAUUUCAUCACGAUUCCUCCGGCGUCCAACAGCCGUGAACAGGAGUACAUCGAGAGUUCGUUGUUGGGAGCCGAUCUACUAUCCAGCCACAUUCCCAACGGUAUGCUAGUGGACUACAUCAGCAAUCCGGGCCCGCCAACUCCAAGCAGCCAAUACCACCAGCCGACUACGAACAUACUGGAUCACCACAAUAAUGGCAUCCAGACGUACACAGCUGAAGACCUGCAAACGCUAGUGGACGCCAGUAGUUUGCAAACUUCGGAGAGUGACCGGAAGUUGUUUCUCCAGUUUGUUAACAAACCAACCGGGCAGCUAUCGCAUGAAGCACCGGUAAUUGUAACGAAUCCAAAGGAUCUGUCUUCCGUUAAUACUUUGACUGAGCAUGACAAACUGGCCCAAUCUGCGCACUCCCAAGCGCUGGCCAACGUCAGUCAUAUGACUGUUCCUGCAUCAGCGAACAGCUUCAUUCAUUAUCAUCACCAGGACCAACUUCUGAGUACGACGCAUUCUAAUGUGCCUAAUCUCAAUGGUACGGGAAAUGUACUGAACAGCCACCAUGGACCGCAUCACCAUCAGCAACAACAUCAUUCCCAUCCCCAUCAUCAUCACUCGCAUCAGAUAAUUCAAAAUACGGCACAGCUUCAGCAACAACCAACACUGAUCCAAACACCACAACAGCAACCGACGCAACAGCUUUUAUCCUCAAUUCAUCCGAUGCUGCAGAACGAUUGCACGCCGGCCAAACUGUUCCAUGUAUCUUCGUCCGCUCCGGUCAGCACGAACAUAUCAAUCAACACCAGCACAAACCAAAACGAGCAGCUUCUGAACGUGGCUAAUCUCAAUAGUGUAGGAAACCACCACCAGCAACCCUCGUAUCAGCUAAUUCAAAAUACGACACAACUUCAGCAGCAACCAACAGUGAUCCUUAUGCCACAACAGCAACCGAAGCUACAGAUUUUAUCUUCAAUCCAUCCUGUGCUGCAGAACGAGUGCACACCAAUUCAGUUAUUCCAUGUGUCUUCAUCAACUCCGGUCAGCACAAACGUAACAUUCAACGCCAGCGUAAACCAAAACGACCAGCUUCUGGAUAUGGCGCAUUCUAACGUGGAUCGUGUUAAUGGUACGGAAAAUGCCGUGCAUGAUCAUCAACCCCAUCUCCAUCAAGAUCACUCUCAUCAGAUAAUUCAAAAUACGGCACAACUUCAGCAGAAAUCAACACUGGUCCAAACGCCACUACAGCAACCGACGCAACAGUUCUCAUCCUCAAAUCUUCCUAUGUUGCAAAACGAUAACACGUCGGCCAAGUUGUUCCAUGUAUCUUCGUCGGCUCCGAUCAGCUCAAGCGUAUCGAUCAACACCAGCGCAAACCAAAACUGCAUCACCAUACCACCGCUGGCUCCCAUCAGGCGUGUCGAAUCUCCAAAGCGCUACGUCACCUACCAGAUGAAUGUCAGAUCGUCCUCAGAUGUCAUAUCGACCGAGAGUUUCAUCUCUCGCGAGGAUCUCAUUGAUUGCGAGCCUCGCUCUGACGAGGAUGAAGAUCACGAACCGGCAACGAUAAACACACCCAACACGCACUUUGCGAACAACUACCUGCCUCACAAGAAGCGCCUGGCCAAGAAACUGGGCGACCCCAAAAGUACAAACACUCCAGAUCCUCAGUUUCUCAGAAAUACGGUUAUUUCAAAUGAUCAUCAAAACGUGCCAGAUCGGUGCAUCGGCAAGGAAACGACCAAACAAUUUGCCUGCCAGCUUUGCAGUGUUUCGUUCGAGGAUCAGUUGGACUUUUUCACGCAUUUGAAAGGGCACUACGAACCUCCGACGGAAAGUCCUAACGAUGAGGGCAAAAGUAGUGAUCCGAAAAAGAAGCCAAAGCUUCCGCGGGUCAAACACACCAAAAAGUUGAAGAAUGACAAAUCAUCUAAGGUGGUGACGGAGGACGAAUCACGAACAUCUGCUUACCACACUAACAACCAGAGUGCCUUCGUGGCCCAAGCAGUUAGCGAUACCGACAACAAAGGAGCUUACCAACAGACGGAUCAACUGAGCGCGGAACGGUCUGUAUUGAAUACUGGCGGUACCGACCUGGAAACAACUGGAGAGUUCAGCGAAACCGAAGACAUGUUAGAGGGAAUCAGAAAUGUUGUUCAGAAAGUACAGGAAGCAGUCGAUACGGAUACCAACGAUGGUCUAGGCACAAACCUUGUCGAUCGCAAUAGGGUUCUAACGAGCGGUAGCGUAGAUGAUAAGGCAUGGUUCCAAUCUCACCAACAACAGCUGCAACAACAGUCGAUGCCAGUAACGGCGGACCAGUCGUGCAUUUCCAAGCCGAUCGGUUUCGGUAACAGUCUAGAUGCUGAGGAGAUCCAUAUCAACACUGGUAACGAAAACUUCGUGCUGUUUAUCAAUAAGGGCGAUUAUCAGGAUCAAGAUAUGGCUAGUCAGCAAAAUACAGCACAACAUCACCUACCACCAUCCAAUCGGCAACCCUCGAACUCAACGAUUCUAUCGCAUACAAUGCAGCAACCCACUCAUGAUCAUUCGACGUCUUAUAUGAUGGGGACUGAACCAUCGCUCCAGCAGCCGACGUCCACCAUCGGUGAAUGCGACAUGAACGGUAUACAGAUUCUCGAUCUCGGUUCGAACGUUAUAGAGAACCAUGAAAUAGCCAAGCUGGUCGACUUCAACCUGACCACGCCGACUCCUCAUAUGAACCCACUCCCGUCUGGGACCAAAUUUGUGAAAGAUCCUCACAGCAAACAUGGCAGCAUAGCGGUCGGAAACAAUAUGCAAUCCGAACAUGAUCAAGAGGAGUUUUAUCUUUCCGAAGAUGACAUCGCAGAGGACGAUGAUGCUAGCGAUGAAGAUCCUGAUGAAGCAGUAUUGGAUGAAGGUCAGAAGUUUAAAGCCCGGGUGGACCCGGUUCACGAUGUGAGUGUGAUUACGACUUGUUCAUCAGCGCCACCAGGCAAGCAGAAAGGUCGUAAGAAAAUCCAUGGAAAUGAGCCAGAUGAACCGUUGAACGAGAAUGAAACGAAAAAGGUCAGCAAGAAGUACCCAUGUGCCGAACCCGACUGUGAUAAGGUGUUCAAUUCCAAAACGGCCGUUCGAUACCACGAGCUGCAGCAUAAGAACGAAAGACCUUUCAGCUGCAGUGAGUGUCCGAAAAAUUUCUUCACAUCCAGUGCUUUAAAAGUGCACGAGCGGUUGCAUUCCGGCGAGAAACCAUACAAGUGCGACGAAUGUGGCCGAGCAUUCCGCCAGUGGGGUGACAUGAAGUACCAUCAGGCCUCCAUUCACUCUAACGAGAAAACGCAUCAAUGCGAGUUUUGUGGAAAGAAAUUUGCCCGUAGAUAUUCUCUGGUGCUACAUAGGAAAAUUCACCUUAACGAGAAAAAUCACGUGUGCGACAUAUGCAACAAAGCAUUUCGGGCGAGUUCGUACCUGCAAUCCCAUCGGAUGAUACAUACCGGAGAAAAACCGCACACGUGCAAGCUCUGCCAGAAAAAGUUCCGCUGUGGUGGUGACCUGAAGCGACAUCUCAAGAUACACGACCGAACUAAACCGACUUCGUGCAGUAAACUAAAGACCACAGUACAACAGGGUGAGGAGGAAUCGUCAUCCGUUAAAACGACCCCCAAGGUCGUCAAUACGAGCACCCCAAAAACAACGAAAAAGCAAUCCGCAAGCAGCGUCAUAGACCUGACCAAGAUCAAAAACGAAGACGCAAACAAAACGUGGAGCAAACAGACGCCAGUUGUGACGGUACUAACGAAGGACAUCAAUAAUGCCGUGGGAGGAUCCGGCAGUAGGAUUGCCAGUAGCAGCAGUACUGGUGGUGCAGCUUCCAGCCAACUGAUAUAUCUCACGCCGGCCGCUGGGGAUCAGUUUCGAAAGCCGGAAGGGACUGUUUUUCUGACGGAUAUGGGGCGGUGGUAGGAGUUCGUAAUGCAAUUCUGUACUUUGUAGUUUCUGUAGGUCUCAUAUUGUAGAUUUAAAGCAUUAUGUCAGAAAACUAUUUUUACUUAAAAUAAAUACACAUGAGUGUAAGUACAAAAUUUCA